AAGGUGAACGUGCGCUUGCACCUUCACCCGACUGCAAUUUGUAUGGGCAGCCAAACGCUGGCGAGAGGCGUCGUCUCCGUCUCCAGAACCCGCCCGCCGCCGCGCACCUCUAACAGUGCCCGCGACCACUCCUCCGCUGCCGCCGCGAGCAUCCUGCGGCUCGAAGCCCCCGCUGCCGCCUCGGCCAUCUACCUAUGGAACAGGCUGCUCGGCCUCCUCUCCUCCCGAGGCAGGCCCGGGCCGCCCCACCUCGCCCACAGGGUGUUCGACGCAGUGCCCCAGCGGGACACCGUCUCGUACAACACGCACAUCGCGUGCCUCUCCCGCGCUGGGUGCGGGCACGCGGAGCGCGCGCGUGCCUACGUGCGGAUGCUCCGUGAGGAUGGUAUCAGGCCCACCGGGACCACCCUCUCGGCCCUCGUUGCUCUGAGUGGCGGCGGCGACGCGGCUAGCCGCGGCUUUGUCCCGCAGGUCCACGCCCACGCGGUGUGGCUCGGGCUCUGCUCCAACGCGUUCGUGGGGAGCGCGCUGGUGCGGGCGUACGAGCGGUGCGGGGACGCGGAUCCCAUGUUCGACGUGUUCCAGGAGAUCGACGAGCCGGACGUCGUGUGCUGGAACGUCAUGAUCGACGCGUGUGCACGGCGUGGGAGCUCGCGGCUUGCUGUGGAGGUGCUGUCCAUAAUGCGCAGGGGUGGAGGCGUCGCUGACGGCUUCACGCUGGCGAGCAUCCUGAAGGCGUGUUCCCACGGUGAGGAUCUGGGGCUUGGCAUGCAGCUCCACGCGUGCGCCUGGAAGGUUGGCUUCGAGUCAGAGACGGCAACCUGCAAUGCUCUCAUAACGAUGUAUCUGAAAUGUGGAGGAGUGAGUUCAGUUGUCGUCGCCUUUGACAGGAUCACAGAGCCAAACAUAAUCUCUUGGACGGCCAUGAUUGCCGGGUUGGUGCAGAAUGACCUUGCCAUGGAAGCGGUAGGCUUCUACAAACAAAUUGUGAGGGUUGGGGAGAAGGAGGAUGACUUCUGCUUCACUAGUGUGGUCUCUGCUUUUGGCGCCCUUACGAGUAUGGAGCAUGGAAAGAUGGUACAUUGUCGGGUCACGUGAUACUCGGGA